AAAUACGAAUUCCUGGUUUACAAACAAGUCUACCAGGCCUAUAGACUCAGUUUUUAUACCUAGCCCUAUUUUGCCUAGGUUUUCUCAAAAUUUAAUGUUUUUAAAAAUUCAAAUUUAGAAAGAAAAAAAAUGGCGACGAUAGUGCGUCAGUUUACACGAUCCGCCGUCCGCCAACUCGGACAGCCCAGGUGGAACCGACUACUCCUGAAGUCCAACAUGAACUUGCACCUAGCCAUUUACCAGCCAAGGCAGUUCGGCCGGAAACCCGACGAUGGCUUUGAAGAUAGUGAAGACCAGGAGGAGGUGAAGGCCUGCAUAGAUUACAAGAAGAAUCCCACCAUCGAGGGACACGUGCCGCCAGAUUUGCCGGACCUACAGCCAGCAUGUCCCCAGCUUAAAAUAGCGAAGAGGCGAGAGUUCCUGAAGAAGAAGAAGUGCCAGGAACUCGAAGAUAAGGAAAAUAAUGACCCGUGUGCUAGCUUCUCGAGGAAAAGUCUCAUAUGGGGAAAGCCUAAAAUCCGGAUCUCUUUGAUCUGGCCCAAGAUAAUCAGUUGUCUGAUGCCCCUUUUAAAGCUGAGAUCCCUUGAUCUAGACCUAGUAUACCUCAACCAAGAGCGAACGUUCUGCAAGAAAGUCGAGCUGGAGCAAGCCUGUUUGGCUCCUGAGCCAACCCCAACAAAGCCAGUUCCACCCAAAAGCCAAAGGAUGGCCAGGAAGCGCAGGCAUUUCCAGGCAAAGCAAAAAAAGGAGGCGGAAGCCAAAGAGAAAGCCUUUGCCAUGUUGAAGCUCGGCUCCAAUUCGAACUUACAGCCCAAGGAGGACCUCAAGAUCGCCAAUAGCAGAGAUCUGGCUGAGCAGAUAAAGAAAUCAGGUCCUAAGCCCUAUGAGGCUUUCACCCAGCAAGCCGAGAUCAAACAGCUUUUGAAAGUUAUAAAGGGCAGGUGCAGGAAGAAGAGUGAAUUAUUCGAGAAAUCUAGAGAAGCCGAGAGUAAGAAGAAAGCUGAAGAAGCGGCUCUGAGAAACAAAAACAAAAUGGCUCAGAUUAGGAAGCUAUGCGAAGAAGCCAAGAAAAUUAAUGCUUUCAAAAUGGCUCUACUAAAAAAGCUGGGUGAUGAAGCUCAGCAGAGAACGCAAAGUAUAGAAGCAAAGCCAAGAAAUCAAUCCGAACAGCCCGCUGCCCAGAGGAGGCAUACGGCUCCGAAAUGCAACACAGAGUUGCCGGAUGGCAACUGAGUGGGCUCAAAGUAUAAUUUUGGACAACUUUUUCCCCUUUGAAAACAACAAAAACCAAUUGGCUCUACUUUCAAUAAAGUAAAGCAGAGCUGCCAUAAAUUAUUAUUAAAGUUGCUAACCGUUUUGGCCAGCA